AUGCAGAUGAAACAUGACGACAGACUUCAGGACUUGAAACAAGUUCUCGAAAAGGCAAGGGUAGAAUGUGGUGUUCCUGGCGUGAGUGUGGCCGUCCAACACAAAGGUCAGCUCAUCUUUGCAGAGGGUCUUGGAAUCCGAAAUGAAUCUAAAGAGCCUUUCCUUCCAGAGACCUUGAUGCCGAUUGCAUCUAUUACAAAGGCAUUUACUGCUGCGGCGAUCGGAGAGUUGGUAGCAGAAGGAAAAAUGGAUUGGGAAAAGACACCUGUCUCGGCAUAUCUGCCAGAGUUUCAACUCCAGGACCCAGUCCUCACCUCCGAAUUGACUAUGACCGACUUGUUAUCACACCGCACAAGGAUUCCAAAUCUUGAUAUUGCAUGGUAUAGAACCAAGACACCAAGAAGAGAGUUGAUCAAACGAUUGAGGCAUAUCAAAAUGAGCCCAAAAUUGAACACGAAGAUGAACUAUAGCAACAUCAUGUAUGCUGUCGCAGGAGAGGCUGCCGCGAACGUGAGUGGGAUGACUCUGGAGCAAUUGGUGGAAACCAAGGUGCUUCAACCACUUGGGUUGACCAACACUGGGUUUGGACAGCUGGAGAUGAAGGCCAAGUCCGAUAAUUAUGCUAUGCCUUUCAUGGCCGAAUCAUUUGAGGAUGCUCAAAAGGGCAACUUCAAGAUGGGAUACCUCGAUCCAAUCUACAUGGCGGAUGCACCUGCUGGAGACAUGUACUCCAAUGUUUUGGAUCUGCUUCAAUGGGGUCGGACAAUCCUGGACCAAGGUGAGCUUAAAGGUAAGCAGGUCCUGCACAAGGAGAAUGUCAACGAACUGUUGACUGCAAAAACACUGGCCGAUACCACCAGACGCUAUCCCGAGUUCUCACCCGUAUCUGCAUACGGUAUGGGCUGGUUCAUUGAUUCAUACAAGGGCCAUAUUGUCUACCGUCAUACUGGAUCAGCACUUGGGUAUGUUUCCAACUUGGUAUUGUUUCCUGACGACGAGCUGGUCAUUGCAAUCUUUGCCAAUGUCAACACGACGAUGUUCCAGUCGAUUGCUCCCUACUAUAUAGCGGAUAAGCUCUUGGACCUGCCCGAGACCAAGGCCUGGCUCACAGAUGUGGCUGUUGAACAAACCAAAAAACGUUAUGAGUGGCUCGCAGAGGACGUCAGAGGCAAGAUUCCAGAACGUCUCAAGAAUAGGCCGGGGAGUCAUAGGCUGGAGGAUUGUAUCGGCAAGUACACACAUCCGGUGUAUGGUGAAGUGUUUAUCGAAUUAGAGAGUGGUGAUCACGUUGUGAGCAAUGUCCAGAUUGAAGGGGAGGGAACGAAGGUCGGCACAGCAAAGAGUUUGGUUUUCAAGAUGAACGAGUUCAAUGAUAAGUUGGAGCAUUACCAUUAUGACUCUUUCCGCGUCCAGCUUCAAGGGUUUGCAUUAAGUUUGGGUUUUUUGGUGACAUUUAGCACAGGGGCGGAUGGAAAGGUGGAUGGGUUCGACAUUGUCCUCGCAAAGGAGAAGCAACACUUUUUGAAAGCGGACGAAAAGGCAGCGUAA